AUGGCCGAAGGAGGUAACAGACCCUCCAGUCGCAAUGCCGAUAUGCAAACCGAACCUGUUAAGCAGUUCCCUCUCUUCUUAGACGCAAAAGCAAGGAAAACCCUCAGGUCCAAUGAAAAGAGAAGACUGACGAAUCUUUCCAAACGCGUUGAACAGCACAUGAAUGACCUGGGUAGCAGAACGGAACUCAGUUUUCUAAGGAAAGAAUUGAGCAAUCAGCUUGAAGAGUGCAUAAGGGCUCAUAAUUUAUAUCGCCAGUCCAUUGAUCUCGCUGUAGUGCCUUCAGACGACUGGAUAGUACACCUGGAAAACGCCACUGCUAUGUUGUAUGGACGCAUUGACGAAUACAUCCGCACAGUUAACCGACCACCGUCAACUGCGCCGAGCAAUCCAAGGUCAAUCGGCCGCAGUAAUCCAGCUUCUGUUCGCAGCAAUUCAAGGUCUGUGCACAGCAAUCCAGGUUCUGUUCGCAACAAUCCAGUGUCUGUGCGCAGCAAUCCAGAUUCUGUUCGCAGCAAUCCGGUUUCUGCUCACAACAAUCCAACUCCUAUUCAUAGUAAUCCAACUUCAAUGGUUCAAAAUAAUCCAGCGUCUGUCGCGAAUAGCAUUCAUUCUCAAAUAUCAUCAGCUCACUUCGGCAAUAUUGAAAUGCCCCAAGGUCCACACAACAUCCUCUCUGAACCUUCAGACAUUCUUUAUGAUGAUAUCAGUUUGGAUUUUGAGACAGUACAAGCAUUAAGACGGCGACUGGAUCAAGAGAAAAGGGCGAGAGAGUCGUUAAAAGAGAAAUUCGAGCAGCUUCAGUCCAACUUUCAGGCCACGGACGAAGAACUCAAAAGAAGAAACCAAUCAAAUGCCGGUGCGCCUUCUAAAGUGGACAUUGACUUUCUUACGAACACUGUCAAGAACUGCCAAGCUGCGCAGGAUCAAGAAAAAGAAAGGCGAAUAUCUCUCGAGCAAAAAUUAGAAAAACAUAGGAGAGAACUUGAAGAAGAGAAGCUCGCCCGUCAAGCGGAUAUACAUCGUUUUGAACGGGAAAAGGAGCGCGAAUUGGAUAAACUGAGAACCAGUUUCGAAGAAAAGCUCGCGCGUCACACCGCAGCAACUUCACACAACCGUGCCCCACCAGAAAACCCAAUGGAAGGAAUUUUUGGCGGAGCACGUCCAAAGUAUCCUCAAACCCAACAGCCCAGUUCAACUGGACAGAACAAAUCCAGCCCUCCUCCAUACAAGCAAAAUGAAUCAACCUGUUGGUGGGAGCCAAUGUCCAACAAAGAAGAAAAAUUAAAAGAGGGCAAAAUUAUCGAUUCGUCUAAUUGGUCCUUUGACGUCAAAGAUAAUCAAAAUAGCCCAUCAACAGGUCAAGCUGGAAAUACCUUUUCAGUUUUUCGGCUACCCAAAAUGGAUAUCAAGCCUUUCGACGGUAACCCUAAAAAUUGGCAAGAUUUUAUAGUUAUUUUUCGUGAUUUAGUACACAAUAACAUCAACCUGACAACGACGGAGAAAAUGGCUAUACUCAAGCGUUGCUUAACACAAGAAAUUAAAGACGGACUGGGAGACUCUUUAAGCAGUCCGGCUUUGUACUCAGAAGCACUGAAGGAGCUGGAAUCGACGUACGGUCAUCCAUCUUUAAUCUCACGCACGUAUUUCCAGUCACUUAUCCAGUUGCAGCGUGUUAACAACAACGACUAUAAAGCUUUGCUCAAGUUUUCCCAAACAGUCAGCGGAGCAGUCGCAUCGUUGAAAAAUGGUGGUUACCAUCACGAAUUGCUAUCAUCGGGCCUGCUGGACACAAUCACCAUGAAGCUACCUUCUGAGGUACAAAGCAGGUGGGGGAGACGUAUCGCCAAGAGUCACCCUGUCUGUCUUACCCUCCAAGACUUUUCAUCAUGGUUGAGUUUAUUCGUCAAAGGAGAAAUGAUGGCUAAACAUUGCAUCAUAACACCAUCAUCAUCGACGCCACUCGGUAAAAGCAGUCAGAAGCCGGGCCGGCAGAAUUCCGAUGCAAAGCCAAAAUUUCCUCCUUCUGUCAACUCUAUCGCAAAGAAACAGUCCACUCCAACAACAGCAGCUAAGCAAACCGCAGCAAAAGAAAGCAAAACUCUGACUUGUUUGUUAUGCAAAGGAGACCAUCGCCUUGCAUCAUGCUCGAAGUUCACUUCCGCAUCCAUGGAUGAAAGAAUUAAAGUCAUAAAAGAGUUCCGCUGCUGCAUUCGUUGCCUUAGCAGAGGCCACCAGAUGGCCGACUGUUUAUCCAGAAAGAAAUGCAAUGUUGGAGAAUGUGGUGCUCACCAUCACCCACUGUUACAUGGGGCACCAAAACUAACUGUUUCCUUCCAGGAAAACAACAACAAUGACAAGACCAGCGAUUCUGCUUCAUCAACACCCAACUCUAAAAAGGCCAUUGGUGCGCAUGCAGUUGAUGACGACACAACUACCUUAUUACUGGUUGUUCCAGUGAUCAUCGAAGCCAAUGGAGUCCGCAUUCAAUCCGUCGGCCUCCUCGACGAAGGAAGUCAAACGUCCUUAAUCCGCAACUCGCUGUCAAAGAGAUUAGGACUCCAAGGGCCUCUUAUGCCAUCUCCACUAUCCACGUAUCGAGGAGAUGAUCCGAAGGAGAUAGUAAGGUUAGUGUCCUUUUACAUCGAGUCGCCUGAAUCUGGUCGCGCCUUUGAAGUUAAAAGCGCCUAUGCCGUCCAACGAGUACAAUCAUAUCACGCUAAUCUAAAUUGGGAAACGUCCAAGCACCUUUGGUCUCAUCUCGCGGACAUUCAACCCAUCGAGAUCGAUUCUUCCGAGAUUGGCGUUCUGUUGGGAAGAAACAUUCUCCGCGUUCAUGACGUUCUCGACACCCGCUAUCCAGCUGACGGAGUUGAAGCCCCGGAUGGAAUAAAAACACAUUUCGGUUGGUGUAUAACCGGUCCGGUUCCGACCUCAUCUGUACAUCCAUCAGUUCACAUCAACUCUAUUUCUGGCAACAACCAACAACUUGAGUAUCGUCUCUAUGAUCUCGUCACCCAAUUCUGGCUGACCGAAUCCUUUGGCACGCGUCCUUCUAUCCAUCUUCCGAUGACACAAGACGACAAAAUGGCACUAAAGAUUUUAGAAAGAACGACGCGUCACAAUGGAGAUCGAUAUGAAGUUGGUUUAAUGCUUCGGAAUCCUUCCAUCAACCUUCCGAAUAACAGAGAAGUAGCCCUUCGUCAGUACCGGGCUUUGAUUAAACGUUUUACUCGUGAUGCAGCAUUUGCCGAAAGGUAUUCGCAGGUGCUCAAUGAAUAUAUCGCUCUCGGUCACGCCAAACAAGUAGACGAUGACAGCGCCUCCGUCAAUGGUUCCAUUUGGUAUCUGCCUCAUCAUGGUGUCACAACUCCAAACAAACCUGGAAAGGUGCGGGUCGUCUUCAAUCCUUCGGCUCCACACAAAGGGACGUCACUUAACGAACAACUCUACAAAGGCCCCGAUUUAUUGACCUGCCUCAAUGGAGUACUUCUGCGUUUUCGUCAAUAUCCAUAUCCAAUUUCUGGCGAUAUUGAGAAGAUGUAUCACCAAGUCCUCGUCCCACAACAUCAGCAAUCUCUUCUCCGAUUUUUGUGGAACGAAUCCGGUGAUGCCAGUGAACCUAAAGAAUACCAGAUGAAAGUCCACGUCUUCGGUGCUGUGUCAUCACCAACAAGCUGUAUCUAUGCACUUAGAAAAACAGUGGAAGAUUUCGGCAACCAGUUUCCUCACGUAGCCGAUGCCGUUCUAAAUAAUAUUUAUGUUGACAAUUAUUUAGAUUCGACAGAAACCGAGCAAGAGGCGAUCAGUAAAAUUCGGGACGUUUCGGCCUUGUUAAAGCUCGGCGGUUUCAACAUGGUCCAAUGGCUGUCAUCUUCCAGAUCAAUCCUAGCAAGCGUCGACCAAUCAGAUCUAUCGCGCUCACUCGACCUGGACGCGGACAAACUCCCAAUUGAGCGAACUCUUGGUUUGCUGUGGGAUUGUCAACAGGACUCAUUCACCUUUAAGUCCCGCGUCAAAACUCAAGCCAAAACUAAACGUCAGGUGUUGCAAGAAGUUGCGUCUGUUUUCGACCCCCUUGGCUUUCUUGCUCCUGUCGUGAUGACGGCUAAAAUACUACUCCAGGACAUCUGGCGAUCCGGUGCUGACUGGGACGAUCCUUUGCCUCCCACACUCACAUCCAUUUGGACUUCUUGGGCGAACGAGCUCCAAUCCAUCGUUCAAAUCAAGAUUCCUCGCUGUUUUCGAUCCAUGGAGAAACCCAUCAUGUACGAAAUCCAUGUGUGUUCAGACGCAUCGGAACUUGGCUUCGGUGCAUGUGUUUAUCUACGCGCCGAAUACCCAUCCGGCAAAUUCCGUCUCAAUCUUAUUCUUGCUAAAGCUAGAGUCGCGCCACUUCGUCAACUCUCCAUUCCCCGUUUGGAAUUGCAAGGUGCCGUGCUCGGCGUCCGGCUGUGUGAGUCUGCUCUUAAAGAACUGGGUCCCAUUGCUUCGAAUACCUUUUUCUGGUGUGAUUCUCAAACUGUGCUCCAGUGGAUACAUUCAAAGUCGUGCAGAUAUCACGCAUUUGUUGCACACAGGAUCACCGAAAUACUCGACAGCAGCGCCCCUUCACAGUGGCGGCAUAUACCAGGCGAACUCAAUCCAGCGGAUGACUGCUCUCGUGGUAUUCCAGCAACCCAUUUAACAGCUCAACACCGAUGGUUUAGAGGUCCCGAUUUCCUGUCUCUUCCGCAAAACUCAUGGCCUACAACUGGUGUAAUCAAAGAGCCAUCACCAGAAGACCCAGAGGUUUCACCAUCCAAAUGCGUUGGACACAUCCAGGUUAAACAAGGUCAUCCUCUGUUCAAACUCAUACAAAAUUCUUCUAAUCUACACAAAGUGAAGCGCUCGGUAGCCUGGUUGCUUCGUUUUGUAAAUAAUCGUCACAUUGAUCCACAAAAUCGUCUCCUAUCUCCAUUCUUAAAAGCUCCUGAACUCCGCGAAGCCCUUCGUUUUAUUAUCCGUGUCGACCAAAGACAUUUUUUCAAUGAAGAGAUGAGAUCCUUGACGAAAAAGCUACCAGUGUCAACCGCUUCCCCACUGGCAACACUGACACCUUUCUUGGAUCCGUACGGAAUCAUCCGCGUCGGCGGAAGGCUCCAACAUUCUUCUCUUCCCCAAGACACGAAGCAUCCAAUUGUGUUGUCACACGAGAGCCAAUUGUCAACUAUGGUAAUCACUGAUAUACACAAACUUAAUCUUCACUCUUCUUCAGAUUCAACCCUCCAUGCUCUCCGUGCUCAAUACCAUGUCCUCCAUCCGAGAACAUCGAUCAAUCGAGUCAUUCGGAAUUGUUUCACAUGCAAGCAACGUAAGAGUCAACCAGAGACGCCUCUGAUGGGUCCACUUCCCGCCAGUCGAAUCAAAACUCAUCUUCCGCCUUUUACCAACGUCGGAAUCGACUUCUUCGGUCCACUCUACGUUGUGCUGCUGAGAAGAUCUUUCAAACGCUAUGGUGUAAUGUUCACCUGUCUCGACUGUCGUGCUGUCCAUUCGGAGUUGGCUGAUUCGCUUGACAUGGACUCAUUUAUCAACGCCUUCUCUCGAUUCGUCGAUCGUCGCGGGCUUCCUCAACUUUGCUACAGCGACAAUGGGACAAAUCUGGUAUCCGGCGAGCAAGAAAUCAACCGUGCCCUCUCGCGAUGGAACAACGAAGAACUGGUCAAGAAGAUUGAACAACUAAAAAAUCAUCCCGUGGAAUGGAGAUUCAGCCCCCCUGUCGCACCACACUUUGGCGGCUCAUGGGAGCGUUUAAUAAAAUCAGCAAAAUCUGCCCUUCGAGGCAUUCUAAAUGAAAGAUCGGUGACCGAAGACGUCCUUCUGACUGCACUUGUAGGAGCUGAGGCUCUUUUGAAUUCUCGGCCGCUAACUCACGUCAGCGUCGAUCCAGAUGACCUCGAAGCUUUGACUCCGAAUCACUUCCUUCUUCUCCGAGCUCAUCCCGGCUGUCAUCUGGACUCCUCUUCCGAUUCCAAGCCAUCCAGCCGUAAACGCUAUCAACAAGCCCAAGAAAUGAUCACUCACUUCUGGAAUCGUUGGCUUCGUGAGUAUAUCCCUAAUCUAAUCGAACGUCGCAAAUGGCUUCGUCACAGACGCAACAUCGCCGUCAACGAUUUAGUGCUUGUUGUUACACCAAAUUCUCCAAGAGGAACCUGGCCUAUUGGUCGAGUCACCGCCGUAACCACCGGGCCAGAUGGUGUCGUCCGCUCCGCAGACGUCAAAGUUGUCCGCUCGUCUCCCAGCCGCAAGAAACUUCCGGAUGGAUCGCCAGAUCCAAAAAUCACCACUCACUACUACUCCCGGUCGGUUCACAAGCUUUGUCUCUUAGAAGAACACCAACCAGAUGUUUCCGAAGUCGGAAACAGGGCCGGCAAUGAGCGAGACAGCUAA